AUGGCAGUAGCGGUCGGAUUGGUGAUAGUCGAGAAGGAUACGGUCGCCGGACGAACAAUCAAGGCGAGGUCAGCCGGCCCGGGAAGGGUGGCCAAUGGGGGGCGUUUCCAUCUGGCCCGGAGGAGCCACCAAGCCAUCGAGAGAAGAGGAACCUUGCCCGCCGGUUUACAGCCUCUCUUCUUCGUCAGUGCCACCAACACGGUCUACGGUGGUUAUUCCUCCAAGCCGCUGCAACUAGCCGACAGAAAGAGUUCCUCCGGCCUCAAGAUCAGCAUCGGAUCCUGGGAGUUUUAUACCAAGGAUCUCAAUAGCUACAUCCAGGAUCGAUUAACCGCCAACAACUAUGGUAUAUACGGCUUUGCGGCUUCAUUCAACACUGCAACUCGCUCUUCCGAUUACUCGUUCUUCAAAUCUAUCUCCACCGACCAGAACUCACUAUCUCAAAAGGGAUUAUCCGCCAGGGAGUCUCACUCGCACAAGUCACGCUCGCUCCAACUGGCUCACUUGAUCAACAAACGUCAGGAUGAUCAAGUUCAAUGCCGGAACCAGAGGGGCGAAUCUUUCUUGUUCUCGAAGAAUGCUUGCUCAUUAGCUGCAGCCAAGAUGGUAUCUGAGAAGACGGCCAUGUCGUCCUGUGGAAACUGUCAGCUGGUCAUGAUCGGUCCUGCGGGUCAACUCUCAAGCUCGAAUAUGCCUGCGGCUGAUAUCCAGACACAUACCUCCAACAUCUUGACUGGAUGCGUGAUGGGUCAAAGAACUGACUCGUCAAACAUCGCCGCCAAGUCGUUCUCUAACUCAAUCCCUGAAAACACCAAGCCAAAUUACGUCUUAUUACUCGUCAAAGGUUUGGGCGAAAGCUGUGAUGAAUACAAAAAGUAG